AUGGAAAACCCAGAGAGGCCUCCACGGGCCGCUGGGGAUCCAGAAAUCAUGGGACCUGGAUCUGGGGUCGAUUUCUCGACACCCACCCAGGAACCGCAACAGCUGCCUUUAAAUGCCCCUGCACUGUUUGCAGGACUUCAAGACAGCCAGAAUCAGUCCAAAGAACCUACUUUGGAUAAUAGAGAUACUCUACAAGAGCCACGACAGACUGGAGAAACGCAACAGACUCCAAGAACGACUCUCGAGAAAAGGAAGGCUUCUAGGCUGACCAUAGGAUCUCGGACCCCAAUAACUAGAUCUGGAUUGAACGCAGCUCCAAAAAGAAAGAUUACACUUGCCACAAUACGUGCAACAAGUGCUCCCAUAGAGAACAGCCUCGUGAUGAGCCUGAUUGAGGAUCUCAACAGCCAAACGCAAGAGGCUGUCCAACAGCUCUCCGUCGAGCUUACAACCGCAAGAAACGUGAUCAGCAUGCAACAGGGUCUUAUUACCACCCUCAACGCUAGGCUAGAGAGCCUAGAGACUUACGUGAACGCGCUACAAAGCCGUCAAAUCCUACCACUCGACCCCUGUGACACAACGCGUGAGGUUGCGGCGCACGGGCCACCGCCAAGAGCCGCUUCCACGGGAGGUUUAGCGUCCACCCCAAUACAGCUAGAUGCCGCGCCUGAGAGCCGCGCGAUAAACUCAACCGCACCUCAGCCGCAGCCGCGAUAUCAGAAUCCAACAAAGGCUACGAAACAAGCCGUACAGCCACCUGAGGGCCCCAAAAAAGUAUUUGGAACCGCCGCGCAGACCACCAAACAGCCUGAAACUACCGCUAAGCCACUGACCAAGCCCGCACCUACGAAAUGGGCCGCUAUUGCCGCGAAUAAUACCCAAUCUGGAGGAUGGAAAACCCCUGUGAGUACCCGGAGCAAGGAGGAAAGACGCCUCAUCUUCAGACGACGAUAUCCUAAAGAUGCUCCGACCGCAUUGAAAGCUGAUGUUCUCUUGGCCCUUAACCGUGCCCUUGCAAAGGCAGGUUUUCCUGACUUUGUAAGAGCAGUCGAUUCUGGAUACGCGGCCUCAGGGGCCUUAACAGUGCUCCUAGAGCGAGGCACUCGCAGCAGCACCCUCGUGCCCGUCUACAACGAUACUCUACUAGCCGCUGUAAGGCAAACAGAUCCAGCAGUUAUUUCCGUGGAGAUUAGCGAACAGUGGCACCGUGUUAAGGUACAGGCAGUGCCUGUGGACCGCUACAUGUAUAAUGACCAAGGCCUAGCACUAGCCCAAGAAGAGAUUGAGCUGGGAACACCAUAUAGGCUUAAACGAGAGCCAACGUGGCUCAAAAGAGCCAAGACUAUACAGGCUAGCAACCAGAGAUUUGCCACGAUUGUGAUCACAGUAGGUUCUUUGGAGGAAGCUCGAACACUGAUCAAUAAAGGCAUCAAGUUUGGAGGCCGACACCAUCGAGUAGCACCUUAUUGGGAGUCAAAUCCUGAGAGUAUCUGCCCUCGAUGCUGCGGAAUUGGCCACUCUGGCUUCAUGGCUUGUGGUGGCAGGUCUCCUAAAUGCGCGAUCUGCGCAGGUGAUCAUGAGGCAAUAGAGCACUCAUGUAUAGUAGUGGAUUGUGCACACGAGGCUACAUCUCCUAAGUGCCCUAAAGCUAGGGAGGCUCGUCAAAGGGCUAUCCAGAGAAUGAGGGAACAAUCCUUACAAGACCUCAUCCCAUUAGAUGAGACAUUCGCGGUAGUGCCUCCAAAACCAGUACUGACCACAGAGGAGAGAUCUGGACAGUCUCUAGAGGAGGAGACGUCAACUCCAGAAGAAGAUGAAUUGCUGCCUGAGAUGCAAUUAGAGGCUGAUAUUCACGAGGGAAAUAGCCAACAACCACUAGAGCCAGAGCUCAAGUCAGCUACUGAAGCGCCUCAAAGCCAGAAAACAUGGGCACAAAGGAUCCAGAUUCUGAUCAAUAAGCAAGCCAGAGGUAUUACGGGCAUGUUCCCAAAAACCCCAAUCGGAGCCCUAAUCAGAGAGGCAGCGUUAGAGCCAGCGACAGUCUUACUGGACGCUAGAGUAGCUCGAUAUACAGCGAGGCUACUAGCUCUGCCUGACACGCAUCCUACAGCGCAGAUACUUCCAGUCACCCUCAGACAUGGUGACCUCCACGCACAACCUGGAGAGCAACCACUGGACGACCGUGAAUGGGCCUCUAGAGACAACAAGGUGCUAAAUCGACUUGGCCAAAGGCUUGCAAAGCACCUUGCUCAACGGUUAAACAGAGACCCCUCUGGGGGAAUCGAAAGAACUGAACGAUGCGAGCUCAAAAGCUUCCCAGGCUCGAUCCGAGUACUUGACAAGGAAGAGGCCCUAACAGAGGCUAAUCAACAGCGUGCUGGAACAACGUUUUGGUCAGACGGCUCUAGACUCGAUACAGGACGUGCAGGAGCCGGUGUCACUUUACAGGCUGUACCUGGAGGCCCCUGGGAACACGUAGAGGUGCCAAUGGGCCACGGACACGAGGUGUUUGACGCAGAACUAGUGGGAGUAGCCACAGCCCUUGAAUGGGCACUGGAGAGGCAACCUCUUGGUCCUAUCUGGGUGUUCCUUGACGCACAGAAUGCUAUUGAUCGCCUCAGAUCGACAAGGCCAGGCCCUGGGCAAGCCCUUGUUCUCAGGGCUCACAAGGCAGCUGAGAAACUAGCCUUGAGAGGCCAACCAGUCACAAUACAAUGGGUCCCAGGCCACUCAGGGAUUGAAGGGAACGAGCAGGCUGAUCAAGCUGCUAAACGUGCAGCUAGUAAACAAACCGCGCCUGGUUUUGAGCACCUAUCUUUAGCGCACGUUAGAAGGGCUUGCACGGAAGCAAGGAGAGCCGCAGUAUCUGAAUGGGCUCAAAUCAAUGCUGUACAAGGCAGGCAUAGAGAUGGACGUGUCUACAAGAUGCCUCGAGGUUGGAACCUUGACCCAGUGGCAGGAAAAGCUCCGAAAAGAUUGGCUAGUCGAUACUACCAGUUAAAGACAGGACAUGCCCCAAUUGGUACCUAUCUAUACCGGAUAGGCCGACGGGAAUCGCCUGAGUGUCAGGCCUGCAAGGAACCUCAUGAGACAGUAAGGCAUGUACUCUUUGAGUGCCGUGGACGUCGAACAGGACGAAGAACUCUCUAUCAAGCCCUCAAAAAAGCAGGCGUGCCACUGCCUACAGCGGCUGAGGAAGACCCCGAGGCUAGGCUAUUUGCUGAGCCUAGAGCGACGCAGGGCUUGCUGCAAUUCGUGGCUGAAGCCAACCUAUUCAAUGAUAAGGAGCGGACAGCCAGAGAGGCUGAGUCUAGUGAUGCGUGGGGGUGGGAUACGUUGGAGGAAGGUGGCCUAGGUGUCACAUUGGAGGAUGAAUAG